GCUCGCUCGUCCCCGUGGUGGCUGGCCGCUUCGCCUGGCGGUCCUGCACGCGCGCUGUAACGAACGUCGCCACGCGAUGUUGGGUGUGCCAUGCUCCCGCGCCUGCCGCCUUGUGGUGGUGAUAGCUGCAUUCUGCUGGCCGCCCGCUCUGCCGCUCGUACCCGGGGGAGUUUCCUCCAGAGCGAACGAUCUGGACAUUCUGGACGAGCUCCUCAAAAACUACGAUCGAAGGGCCCUGCCGAGCAGUCACCUCGGAAAUGCAACUAUUGUGUCGUGCGAAAUUUACAUACGAAGUUUUGGAUCAAUAAAUCCAUCGAACAUGGACUACGAAGUCGACCUCUACUUCCGGCAGUCGUGGCUCGACGAGCGGCUACGCAAAUCCACGCUAUCUCGUCCGCUCGACCUUAAUGACCCAAAGCUGGUACAAAUGAUAUGGAAGCCAGAAGUUUUCUUUGCGAACGCGAAACACGCCGAGUUCCAAUACGUGACUGUACCUAACGUCCUGGUUAGGAUCAACCCGACUGGAAUAAUCUUGUACAUGUUGCGGUUAAAACUGAGGUUCUCCUGCAUGAUGGACCUGUACCGGUACCCCAUGGAUUCCCAAGUCUGCAGCAUCGAAAUUGCCUCUUUUUCCAAAACCACCGAAGAGCUGCUGCUGAAAUGGUCCGAGAGUCAGCCUGUCGUUCUCUUCGAUAACCUCAAGUUGCCCCAGUUUGAAAUAGAGAAGGUGAACACGUCCUUAUGCAAAGAAAAGUUUCACAUAGGGGAAUACAGUUGCCUGAAAGCCGACUUCUAUCUGCAGCGUUCCCUCGGUUAUCACAUGGUGCAGACCUAUCUUCCGACCACGCUUAUCGUGGUCAUCUCAUGGGUGUCCUUCUGGCUCGACGUAGACGCCAUACCCGCCCGUGUAACCCUGGGCGUGACCACGCUGCUCACCAUCUCAUCCAAGGGUGCCGGUAUCCAGGGAAACCUGCCUCCCGUCUCGUACAUCAAGGCCAUGGACGUCUGGAUAGGAUCCUGCACUUCGUUUGUCUUUGCGGCCCUCCUCGAGUUCACAUUCGUCAACUAUCUCUGGAGGCGGCUGCCCAAUAAGCGCCCAUCUUCUGACGUACCGGUGACGGAUAUACCAAGCGAUGGCUCAAAGCAUGACAUUGCGGCACAGCUCGUACUCGACAAGAAUGGACACACCGAAGUUCGCACGUUGGUCCAAGCGAUGCCACGCAGCGUCGGAAAAGUGAAGGCCAAGCAGAUUGAUCAACUCAGCCGAGUCGCCUUUCCCGCUCUUUUUCUCCUCUUCAACCUCGUGUACUGGCCGUACUACAUUAAGUCAUAAAGAACGUAGUUUU